AUGACAAAAAUAAUUCAUAUUAUUGAUGUUGAAAGUGGUAAUUUACAAUCACUUUCUAAUGCCAUUAAACGUAUUAAUCCAAAUUAUAUUAUUAAAUUCAUUCAUAAUGAACAAGAUUUUAUUAAUUAUCAAUUUGAAAUUGAAAAAUUGAUUUUCCCUGGUGUUGGUAAUUAUGGUUAUUUUAUUCAACAACUUUAUAAAAGAGGUUUAAUUAAUCAUAUUAAAUCUUAUAUUAAUCAAGAUCGUCCAUUAAUGGGGAUUUGUGUUGGAUUACAAUCAUUUUUCAUUGAAUCUGAAGAAAAUCCCGAAAUUAAUGGAUUAGGUUUAUUAGAUAAUAAUAAUGAUUUAAAAUUAUAUAAAUUUAAUAAUAAUGAUCCAAUAUUUAAAUCAAAGGGGAUUAAAAAAUCUGUUCCUCAUAUUGGUUGGAAUAAAAUUCAUAAUAUAAUCCACCACAACAACAACAACAACAAUAAUAAUAGUAAUAGUAAUAAUGAAUUUGAAGAUUUAUCAUUAUAUGGAUUAAAUACAAUUGAUAAAUAUUAUUUUGUUCAUUCUUAUGGAGCAAUUAUUAAAAAUAAUGAUAUUGAAAAUAAAAUUAUUCCACAAUUAAGUUUAAAUGGUUGGGAUUUUGCUAUUAGUCAAUAUGGAUCAGAAAAAUUUAUUGCGGCUAUAUCGAAAAAUAAUUUAUUUGCUACUCAAUUUCAUCCUGAAAAAUCUGGUAUUGUUGGAUUAAAAAUUAUUAAACAUUUCUUAAAUGGUGAAAAAUAUCCCCCAAUCAACAACAACAACAACAACAACAACAACGGCAAUAAGAACUCUAGAAGUAAUACUGAUUUGAAUAUUGAAACAACAUUGACAGGUUUAACAAGAAGAAUUAUUGCUUGUCUUGAUGUUAGAACUAAUGAUGAUGGUGAUUUAGUAGUUACUAAAGGUGAUCAAUAUAAUGUUCGAGAACAACAAUCAUCAUCAUCAAAAAUUUCAGAAAAUUCUAAUCAAGUUCGUAAUUUAGGUAAACCAGUGGAAUUAGCUACAAAAUAUUAUAAUCAAGGAGCUGAUGAAAUUACAUUUUUAAAUAUUACUUCAUUUCGUAAUUCUCCUUUAAAAGAUUUACCCAUGUUACAAGUUUUACGUAAAUCUGCUGAAACAAUAUUUGUUCCAUUAACUGUUGGUGGAGGUAUUAAAGAUUUAUAUGAUUCUGAAACUAAAAAAAUUAUUCCUGCUGUUGAUAUUGCUCAUUUAUAUUUCCAAUCAGGAGCUGAUAAAAUUAGUAUUGGAUCAGAUGCAGUAAUUAUUGCUGAAAAUUAUUAUGCCAAUAAUCAAAUUCCUUUAGGAACAUCAUCAAUUGAAACUAUUUCUUCUAAAUUUGGUAAUCAAGCUGUAGUUAUAUCAGUUGAUCCAAAACGUAAAUAUAUUAAAAAUCCUCAAUUGGAUACUACAAUGGAAACUAUAAAAAUCAUUGAUCCAUUACAAUAUGGUCCAAAUGGUGAACAAUAUUGUUAUUAUCAAGUAACAUCUCAAGGGGGAAGAAAAUUACAUGAAUUAGGUGCAUUAGAAUUAUGUUUAGCUUGUGAAAAAUUAGGUGCUGGAGAAAUUUUAUUAAAUUCAAUCGAUAAUGAUGGUUCAAAUAAAGGAUUUAAUUUACAAUUAUUACAACAAAUUAAAUCUCAUGUAUCAAUCCCAGUUAUUGCUAGUAGUGGUGCAGGAAAUCCUCAACAUUUUCAACAAGUUUUUGAAAUGGAUUGUGGAAUUGAUGCUGCUUUAGGUGCCGGUAUAUUUCAUCGUGGUGAAUAUACCGUUAAUGAAGUAAAGAAAUAUUUACAACAAGAAGCAAAAAUGGAUGUUAGAUUAGAUGAUGAUUUAGAGUUGUAA